UCUCGGGUGGUCAAAUUUCUUUUCUUUCUCACUUUCGCCUUCCGCUCCUUCCUUCUACUUUAUUCGCCCUUCGUGUUAAAGCGCACGUUUUUCGACACAAUGACCCUUUUUAAAUCAUUAUGGAUUCGACAGACUUGAAAGAUUUGUCGGUCAUUAUCGUUGGUGCUGGACUAGGCGGAGUGAUGCUGGGAUUGCUGCUUGAGAAAUUAGGAAUCAGCUACACAAUCUUUGAGAGGGCUAAAACUGUUAAGCCGCUGGGACCGGUUACCACCCACUUUUUUUCCCGCGAGCUCGAUUCUACGACCUCAUGCUUUCGCAGAUCCCACCCCAUAAGAUACUCAGUGGGCAAGAAGGUGCUAUCGGUCGAAGAGACUGAGGACCAUGCGCUUAUUAACUGCUCUGACGGUACGCGGUACUUUGGGGAUAUCGUAGUUGGAGCCGACGGUGCCUAUUCUGGUGUUCGACAAAGUCUUUACAAGAAACUGCAAAGUGAGGGUCAGUUGCCCAAUAGUGACACGGUGAGCAUGAACGUCGGAUUCGUCUGUACAGUUGGAACCACCAACCCUAUGGAUCCUGAGAAAAUCCCGUUGCUGAAGGACGGGACGACGAAAUUUUGUCAGUACCGCAUGACGACAGUCAACAGCUACAGGAUUUGCUGGACCCUUAGCAAGCAGCACAUAAAUGAUGGAGAAGGCAAUGAUCUGGCGUUUCGUAACUCAGAGUGGGCUCCAGAGACAGUCGAGACCUCGCUGAAAGAGUUUUACAACCUGCCAUGCCCAUUUGGAGGAACAAUGAAGGACAUAAUCGACGCAACCCCUCGGGAGCUCGUCUCGAAGGUCUUCUUGGAAGAAAAGCUGUUCGAGACAUGGCAUCACGGCAGAGUGGUGCUCCUUGGCGAUGCAUGCCAUAAGAUGCUCCCGGCUGCUGGCCAAGGCGCCAUGAAUGCGAUGCAGGACGCCGUCAUCUUGGCCAACUGCCUGUAUGACCUGAAAUCGACGAGACAGGCGGACAUCAAAUCUGCAUUCAGUGUCUACCACGAGCAACGGUAUCCCUUUGCAAAGGCCCAAGUGGAGAGCAGUCGUCUCGCAGCGAAACUUACAUGCGACCAGGGUAUGUUCGAGAGAUUUCUACGCCAAAUCCUGUUUGUCUGGCUUCCAGAAUCAGUCCGUCGACAGAACCUACUGAAGACCGCAUCCUACCGCCCUCAAGUUUGCUUCCUACCCUAUGUCCAAAAUCGCGGUCAGGGACCAGUAAUGCCGCAGAAACGGUCCUGGAGACGAGAAAAGGAACUGGAAGACCAGAGACAGGGGGAGACCACUCAGUCUGCGUCUCCAUGAAUACAAGCCUACCACCGAAAUGCCCAUAUCAUAUGAAG